AAUCAGGCGUUCGAUGCUGAUUGACGAAUCGAUCUCGUCCGACAAUUCCCGAACUUUAUACGAGAGCUUUGACAAGGAAAACAGUCGCUCUUUUCAUGUAUUCGCUUCAUAUAAUAGAGCAUUUUUUCAUUCAUCCUUUUUAUUGCAAGCAUCCAGUGGUAAAGAAAUUAUAUUCAAGUGAAAUCUUAUUCAUUUCAGCGAGUUCAAAACUACGCCGACUUUUUUGACUUACUCGGAUUCUUCCUCGUGGGAGGUACAAUCCCACAAACCCCAUAGGCACGAAAAGGAAGCGUAUACAAACCUCUACCAGCCAAUUCGACGAGGCAUGAAAAUGCCAAAGAAUACAAAAGAUGUUCAGUGAUAGAUGAAUAUGGGAGAGCACACUGUGCCGGUUCUGCUCAUAACAGCAAAUGUUGGUUCCGUCUUUGAAAAUCGAGAUGGUCUUGAGAAAGGCUGGAUUCGUGAAACAGUCGGUACAAUAACAAGACUUAAACCAAAGUUUGUGGCACUGCACUUUCAAGAAAGUGGAGGAAAAGAAUCGGGUGAGGAAUCACUAGAAAAUGUGAAGGACUUUACGCGUGUCUUCCUUGGUCAGUCUCAACUGAAAGAAAAAUUUGACAAAGUGCGAGCAUGGUUCGAUCAAGAUUACCAUAAACAAGAGCAAUAUACGGCUCUUGGUUGUAUAUAUCUGGUAAGCAAGUCCUUAGAGGAUGCAUCACUCUGGAAUUUUGAAGGUAUUAGUACAAUCCCACAAACCCCAUAG